GCAGUGGCUGCCAUCACCGCCUAUCCCCCUCUUUUUGCCAAAUAGCUAGCUGAACGAGAAAGUGGGUGUAAUGGACAGAUACGGACACUAACACUUGCUAAACAACGCGUCCGGUAAAAUUGCAGCCCCAUUAAAACCGCAACCAUGUUUGGCCGGUCACGGAGCUGGGUUGGAGGACAGGGGAAAGCGAAAAACAUCCACUCCCUGGAUCAUUUAAAGUAUAUGUACCACGUCCUGACAAAAAACACCACAGUAACCGAUCACAACAGGAACCUCCUAGUGGAGACCAUCCGCUCGAUCACAGAGAUCCUUAUCUGGGGGGACCAGAAUGACAGCUCUGUGUUUGAUUUCUUCUUGGAGAAGAACAUGUUUGCCUUCUUCUUGAACAUCCUUCGUCAGAAGUCUGGACGCUACGUGUGUGUCCAGCUCCUCCAGACCCUCAAUAUACUGUUUGAAAACAUCAGCCAUGAGACUUCCCUGUAUUAUCUCUUGUCAAACAACCAUGUCAACUCCAUUAUUGUCCACAAGUUUGACUUCUCAGAUGAGGAGAUCAUGGCUUACUAUAUCUCCUUCCUUAAGACCCUGUCACUCAAACUCAACAACCACACUGUGCACUUCUUCUAUAAUGAGCACACUAAUGACUUUGCCCUGUACACCGAGGCCAUUAAGUUUUUCAACCACCCUGAAAGCAUGGUCCGCAUCGCAGUCCGCACCAUCACACUCAACGUCUACAAAGUUUCAUUGGACAACCAGCACAUGCUGCACUACAUUCGAGAUAAGACAGCGGUCCCAUAUUUCAGUAACUUGGUCUGGUUUAUCGGCAGCCAUGUCAUCGAACUGGACAAGUGUGUACAGACAGAUGAGGAACAUAAAAACCGAGGGAAGUUAAGUGACCUUGUUGCUGAGCACCUUGACCACCUUCACUACUUGAACGAUAUCCUCAUCAUCAACUGUGAAUUCCUUAAUGAUGUUUUAACCGACCACCUCCUCAACCGUCUCUUCCUGCCUCUCUAUGUGUACUCUUUGGUCAGUCCUGAGCUGUCUGAAGAGCGGAAGAUCAACCCUCAGGUGUCCCUCUAUCUGUUGUCUCAAGUGUUUCUAAUCAUCCACUAUCAGCCACUGGUCAACGCCCUUGCAGAUGUUAUUUUCAAUGGGGAUCUCUCAGUGUUCACCACACCGGCAGAUAUACACAGCACACACAAGAGCACGGCCACUGCAGGAGGUGUGCGUCGCUUCAAGCCCCCAGAGUCUCUGGAGCGCUCCCUGGAGCUAUCCCGCCAUCGAGGCCGCAAACGAACACAGAAGAGGCCAAACUACAAGAACCUGGGCGAGGAGGAAGAUGACGAAAGGGCUGGGGGAGGAAGCAGCAGUGGAGGAGGAGGAUUAGAGGAGGGCUGGGAUGAUGACAGUGUCAGAGGAGGAGAGAGGGAAAAGGGAAAAGGUAUAGAGGGCAUAGGAGGAGGAGGUGGGAGUUCUAAGGGAAGCAGAGCGAGUGGGGAGACGGCGGAAGAGAUAGAGAUGGUGGUGAUGGAGAAGUGUAAGGUGCCAGAGCUGACAGAACAGAACAUCACUGAUGAGGAGAAAACAGCUGCAGCAACUCGCACACACACACAGAGGAGCAGACCGUUCUUAGACAUGGUGUACAGUGCCCUCGACUGCACCAGUGAUGACUACCACGCACUGUUUGUCCUCUGCCUGCUUUAUGCUGUGUCACACAGCAAAGGCAUAAACCGUGAUCUUCUGGAACGUCUGCAGCUUCCAGUUCCAGACCAGGAGAGGAGCUCUUACAGUGUGGUGCUCGUAGAAAGACUUAUCAGAGUUAUGAACCAGGCAGCACAGCCAGAUGGUAAAGUACGUCUUGCUACCCUAGAGCUGAGCUGCCUUUUGUUAAAGCAGUCUGUGCUUUCUGGGAGCUGCUGUAUUAUCAAAGAUGUUCAUCUGGCCUGCCUGGAGGGUGCCAGAGAAGAGAGUCUGCAUUUACUGCGACAAUUCUACAAGGGUGAAGAAAUCUUUCUGGACAUGUUUGAGGAUGAAUACAGGAGCAUGACGAGUAAGCCUCUGAAUGUGGAGUAUCUAAUGAUGGAUGCCUCAAUACUGCUGCCACCCACCGGCACUCCUCUGACUGGCAUUGACUUUGUAAAGAGGCUUCCAUGUGGAGACGUUGAGAAGACACGCAGGGCGAUUCGAGUUUUCUUCAUGUUGCGGUCCUUAUCGCUUCAGCUUCAGGGAGAACCUGAGACUCAGCUCCCUCUGACCAGACCUGAAGAUCUUAUCAAGACAGACGAUGUCUUAGACCUCAAUAACAGUGACCUAAUAGCCUGUAUGGUGGUCAGUAAAGAUGGGGGGCAGGCUCAGAGGUUCCUCGCUGUAGACGUGUAUCAGAUGAGUCUGGUGGAACCAGAAAGCAAACGUCUUGGAUGGGGUGUCGUCAAAUUCGCCGGCCUCCUGCAAGACAUGCAGGUGUCCGGUGUUGAGGAUGACAGCAGAGCAUUAAACAUCGUUAUUCAUAAACCCAGCUCCAACCCCCAUGCCAAGCCCCUGCCCAUCCUGCAGGCCAACUUCAUCUUUGCUGACCACAUUCGCUGCAUCAUCGCCAAGCAGAGGCUAGCCAAAGGCCGUAUCCAGGCCCGGCGUAUGAAGAUGCAGAGGAUUGCUGCUUUGUUGGACCUACCUGUGCAGCCCAGUGCCACAGAGGUGCUGGGUUUUGCUCAGACUGCAAACACCUCAGCCAGCGGCCUGCCUUUCCGGUUCUACGAGCAGUCUAGGCGGGCACCAAAUGAUCCCACAGCAAACAGAUCAGUUUUUGCCUCUGUCGAUAAAGUACCAGGGUUCGCAGUGGCUCACUGUGUGCCACAGCACACUCCCUCACCCCUCUCCUCCCCCUCACCUCCCUCUAGUGGGAGCGGGAGCACAGGAAGAUGCGACUCUGUUACUGCAAGCACGACAUCAGCUCAGAGCCCUACCGAUGAUGGUAUGCUUUCGGAGCACACUCCGCCCUCAUCCUCAGGUGAAGGAGGAUGUGGAGAAGUAACAUUAGUCUCCUCUACUCUCCCCGCUCCAGCCCUGGCCCCAAGCCUCACUCCAGCCUCCCAGCCUACCAUCUCACUCCUUACUGACAACAAUGCAGACACCCUGAGCGUGGAGUCGCUUACAUUGCUGCCGCCUGCUGACCCACCUCACCUGCAACUGUGUGCUGGCCACAUCAGCGCUGCUCAGUCUCUCCAGAGACCAGAUGCCUCCAUUGCCGAGGAGGAGGAGGACAGUGAGGUUAGGAACGAGGAAGAGGAGGGCUCGCCGAUAGAUGAGACUGAGACAGAUGCAACAAUAAAAGAGGAAACCACUGAGACAACUGAGACAGUCACACCCACAGAUGAUGUUCCAGAGAGAACAGAUGACAAAGAGCUUAAUGGGGACCUCGAGCAAGAAAGAGAUGGCAUGACAGCUGCAGAGUCUGCAGAGAACACUGAUAUUGCAGAGAUAGACAUUGAAACACCAGACUCACCUGAGCUGGAUUAAGGAACAUGCAGUACUCAUGCACUUGCCUGUCUUGGACAAUAAAGUGUGAUAGGUAAACUACCCAGCUUGGCCACAGUACAGUCUCAUGUUGCGACCUAUAGGUUAGAGCGUGAUGUGAAUAGUCAAGAGGCUUUUGGAGGCAUCUCAACAUUUGUGUUUGCACAUGAAGAAAGACUCAAGAUAGACACUGGUCAAGGAGGGCUCAAAGCACAUUUGGCUUUUGUGCACUCAAAGGUGUGGUUUGGGUUUUUUGUUUUGCUUUUUUUUUUGUUUGUUGUUUUUAAGCACGUGUGGUGAGGCGCACAACCAGCAACAUUUUUUUUUUUUUUUUUUACUCAUUCUGAUUGUGUAUGAGCUCAAACACACACCACAUGCUACUGCUAUGAGCUGCACUUUUCAAAAAACCCUAUUUUUGUGUCUUAUUUUCACGUAACAGGUCACCACUAAUGUGUUUCGGUGGUGUUCACGACUAUGCUAAACACAGAACACCACCGCAUGUCCAGAUCAGUUAGCAGUUACUGUCACCUUGAACUGCUCCUGGGUAGUUCUGCUCUAAGUUACAUGUUGCUCCACAUGUAAUCUGUUCCAUUUAGGGUGUGGUUUGUUUUGGGAAUUAAUCAAGCAAUCUCCAGCAUAAGCUAGGAGGGAGCACGUCUCAAAUUGCUAACAUUCAUUUGGAGAUAAUGUGUUGUUGUAAUCCCCAUUUCAUCUAAUUCUUAAAGCUGAAUAACCAGUCAGUGCCAUGUCUAACCAAAUAAAUGAUGGGAAACAUCUGAGUGGCUCAAGGGCUGCUUAAUAGCUGAAUAAUAUUGCUGAAGUUGGUUCAUUCGGUUCUCGUUAAUUCAUUCACUGACAGUCUGUGGAGACACUGGUUUCUAAUAGUGAAAUUGUGUAUUGUUUAAUUUAAAGAAUUAAACUCACAGGUCAAUAGGCCUUAUUUAGUAUAUUAGGGUCAUGUGAUGUUGGAUGUUCAGAUUUGCCACUAAACAACACUUGGGUUGAAUGUAUCUGCAGGUUUCCCCUGACAUGACUUUGAAUAGAUAAAUGCUUUCCACACCUUAAUUUGCAUCCUUUUUCGUGAUGUGAUAAGAUGGUAUGAAAACAGUUAAAAAAAAAAAUAGAGGUUAGUGCACCCCAAAAAUCAUUAAAACACAGUGUUUGGAUUCUGUCAUUAUUCCAGUGUGGAACGUUGAAAUGAAAACUAUUCAGAAACCAGUUGCAGCUUUCACAUGAGUGUCACAGGGCAAACCCUCACAUGCCCCUCCUCUUUUUAAUCAGAUGAAUGAAGCUUUACUACUGCAAUAAUCUUAAGAGCUAACCAAUGAGGGGAGAAAUGAAUGUAAUGGGUAACCUGUCUCUCCAAACAGGAGUGUUUGAUCAAUUUGAAUGAAAUUAGUGUGUUUUAACCUUAAUAUGUGUCUUAUUAUAGGAUUAAAGCACACUCUUCAGACAACCUUUUCCCAUAGUUUCCUUUCAUUCCCUUCUUCCUCUCUGACACACCCUCGUAUUCUGUGCCAUCCUCACACAGCUGAAGUCUUAAUGCUCGGAACAUUCUUAUUUUUUAACUGUACAGUCCUCAAGUUUCUAAAAUGAGAAAUUCAGAGCAAUACUGUCUUUUAUUAUUUCCAUCUUGCUACUGUAAAUAGCAGCCGAAUGAUAGUGAAGAUCACUGACAUGCUGAAGAGGCUUGGCACAGUUUGUAGAGUUGAUAAGAGGCUUUGUAGGAGCAUAUUUUCUUGUUGCCUGCAGCCAAUACAAUCUCUACCAAAACACAAGUUGUCACAGGCUUUCAUUGAGUCUCUGAUUGUAGAGUGUGUAUGUGUGAGAGAAGUUUGUAUGCUCUGUAUAUGCUGUGAGCUUUUAAACCUGUAAUUAUUGUUAAUGAACUGAAACAGAUGAAUACAUAAAGAAAUGCAAUAAAUUAUUCUACUUAACAACAGUGUUA